AUGCGAUUGUUCGCAACAGGCCGAGCCCUGCGCGCCAGCAGUGGCCGCUGGUCAAUUGCCUCAACACGGCCCCGAACCGCCAUUCCGCGAUCCCUCCCGCUGAAGUCGAUCACCCUCACCCGCAAUUGGAGCUCAACCACAGCCCGCCAAACAAACGAACCAAAGAGCACAGCCUCUCAAACACCAAAGCAACCCUCAACCCUCAACAUCGAGGGCGACACCUACCCAACCGACCAAUGGACCAACACCCCAGACACAAUCCUCUCCCACGUCGGACGACGCCUUUACCUAGACGAGAACCACCCACUCGCCAUAACGCGCAAGCUAAUCGAAAGCCAAUUUCCGGCCCCAAGCUACGGCAAUUACUCAGAGAAGAACCCAGUCGUCUCAACAAAACAUAAUUUCGACGUCCUCGGCUUCCCGGCAGACCACCCAGGCCGCAGCCGCACUGAUACCUACUACGUCAACGACAAGACCGUCCUGCGCACACACACAAGCGCCCACCAGCAAGCCUACUUCCAGCAAAUUGCCCGCAAUGAAAAUACCCGCCCAGACGAAGUUGGUUACACUGUCAUUGCGGAUGUCUACCGCCGCGACGCAAUCGACCGCAGCCACUACCCUGUCUUCCACCAGAUGGAAGGUGCAAUGCUGUGGAAGCGGCCAGCCACGGACCCGCUAGCAGCGUCCAAGGAAACAGCAGCUAAGAUCAUGGCUGAUGUGGAGAAGAUCCCUAAGCAUGAUGUUGUCGUCGAGGAUCCCAACCCGACUAUCCAUGACCAGCGCAAUCCCUUGCAGAAUGAGCAUCACAAUGCUGAGGAAGUCGAGGCAGUGGCUGCGCAUUUGAAGCGCUCGCUUGAGAGGAUGGUUAUUAAGAUUUUCACGGAAGCGAGUAAAGCCGCGGCGGCUAGUAGCGGCGGCGAUGUCGAGGCUGAGCCGUUGAAGGUGCGCUGGGUGGAGGCUUACUUCCCCUUCACGAGCCCGUCAUGGGAGCUGGAGGUCUUCUGGCAAGGGGACUGGCUGGAGAUCCUGGGCUGUGGAGUGAUCAAGCAAGAUUUACUGAUCAAUUCGGACGUGCCGGACCGCAUUGGCUGGGCUUUUGGCCUUGGUCUUGAGCGUAUUGCCAUGUUGCUCUUCAACAUCCCUGAUAUCCGGUUGUUCUGGUCACGCGAUGAGCGGUUCCUGUCCCAGUUCCGGGCUGGGCAUAUUGCGCGCUUUGAGCCUUUCUCUAAGCAUCCGGCUUGCUAUAAGGAUGUUGCUUUCUGGUUGCCUGGUGCUGCUGUGACUGGUGGCGGUAGUGCUGCUGGGGGUGCGGUGCCUUUCCAUGAGAAUGAUGUUAUGGAGAUUGUUCGGUUGGUUGGUGGGGAUCUCGUUGAGGAUGUUACUCUCAUUGAUGAGUUUACGCAUCCGAAGACUGCGCGGAAGAGCAUGUGUUAUCGGAUUAAUUAUCGCAGUUUGGAGAGGACGUUGACGAAUGAGGAAGCUAAUGAGAUCGAUCUGAAGGUUCGGGAGAAGUUGGUCAGUGAUCUUGGUGUUGAGUUGAGGUGA